UUUGCUUUACAUAGUAGAGUUUCAAUUUGCACUUACGGAUGUAGCGCCAAACUGUAUUUACUGACAUUGGUUUUCUGAAGUGUUCCUUAGCCCACGUGGUGAUAUCCUUUACACAUCGAUGUCGGUUUUUGAUGCAGUGCCGCCUGAGGGAUCGAAGGUCAUGGGCGUUCAAUGUUUGUUUUCAGCCUUGCUGCUUAUAUCCAGUGAUUUGUCCAGAUUCCCUGAACCUUUUGAUGAUAUUAUAGACCAUAGAUGAUGAAAUCCCUAAAUUCCUUGCAAUUGUACGUUGUCCUUAAACUGUUGGACUAUUUUCUCACGCAGUUGUACACAAAGAGGUGAACCUCGCCCCACCUGACUGAGCAAUUCAGGGAAGCUCCUUUUAUACCCAAUCAUGGCACCCACCUGUUCCCAAUUAGCCUGUUCGUCUGUGGGAUGUUCCAAGCAGGAACAAGACUUCCUCAGUCUUUUUUGCCACCUGUCCCAGCUUUUUUGGAACAUAUUGCAGCCAUAAAAUUCCAAGUUAAUGAUUAUUUGCUAAAAACAAUAACGUUUGUCAGUUUGAACAUUAAAUAUCCCGUCUUUGUAGUGUAUUCAGUUAAAUAUAGGUUGAACAUGAUUUGCAAAUCAUUGUAUUCUGUUUUUAUUUGUUGAACACAAUAUGCCAACUUCAUUGGAAUUGGGGUUGUAGAUAUAAUGACUACAAGUACGACUGUCCACACAUACAGCUGUAACAAACCUUGAUUUUGGCCACAGCUAAUUGUUUUUUAUUAUAAUAGAUUGCUUUUUUUUUAUGAUUCUCUGUUCAAUUUAAUAUAUUAUUAACUAAUUCUAUUUGGGCUUACCUCGUCAGAUAAUUAUUUUUUGUAUGAAAUUAGUAGCCCUAAUGUUGUACCUGUAGUAGGAUUUAUAUUGUGUUUUACAGGUCACAUUGGCCAAAUGUUAAUUGAGCAGAUUGGGAAGCCCCACUUCUCUUGAUUUUGCCCUGUGGUCUUUUGUGCCGUCUCUUUGUUCUCAUCUGUUUUACUUCCCAUCUUGCUUUUGGCUAUGAGGGAUGUCUUUGACUAAUGUCUGUUCUUUUAUUAGCAUUUGCAGAUGUCUUCACAGCAGUAGCCUUACAUAAUCUCUGAAAGGGAGAUGUAAAAUCGGCUUUUUGUAGCUUUCAUGCUUAUGGCAGUACCCUAAAAGUCAUUGUAAACAUCUUUAUUCAUCUAUGGGCUAAAUAUUGUGUGGUUUAUUUCCAGAGCAAUGUACAUAACCAGUUAAAUGUUUAGACACACUUUCUCAUGCUAUCAAAUGAGAAACCGUGCCAAAAAUUUGACUGGUAGUGUACAGCCAAUAAAAGAAUGUAUUGUAUACUAUUAAUGGGAUACAUCAGGAUAUUAUAUACAGUUGAAACCAGAAAUUUACAUACACUAUAUAAAAAGACAUGCAUUAUUUUUUCUCACUGUCUGAUAUGAAAUCAGACUAAAUAUUUUCUUUUUCAGGUUAAUUAGAGUACCAAAAUUAUUUCUAUCUGCUAAAUGCCAGAAUAAUGAGAGACGGAUUUUUUUAGUAGUAGUGUAACAAUUUAUUCAUUAUAUUGAUGUAUCGAUUUUUCUUGCUACGAUCACACUGGAUCGCUCUGAGUUCGAUCCUGAAUCUGUAAUCAUGUGUAUACACCUUUAAGGGGGCUGGCGGGGGUGUGGAGUGUGACAUCAGCGGAAGGAGAAGUCAGUCUGGGAUAAGACGCUCUUGGCAUGAGUUGUGGCCAACAGCAGCUCAUGGAAUCUCCUGUCUCAACACCAGUCCCUCCCCCCCUUCAUAUCUUGGCUGCAGUAGGCAACAGUGAGAUUGCCUCGCCAUGUGAACAGAUAAUGGUGCGUACACGCUCAGUAGCAGUGAACACAUCUGAUGUGGCCCUUUCCACGGAACCUGAGUGCUUAGGACCCUGUGAACCUGGUACAAGUGUCAAUCUCGAAGGCAUUGUGUGGCAGGAAACUGAAGAUGGAAUGUUGGUGGUAAAUGUUACUUGGAGAAACAAGACGUAUGUGGGCACACUUUUGGACUGCACACGGCAUGACUGGGCUCCACCUCGGUUUUGUGAAUCCCCUACAAGUGACCUGGAAAUGAGGAAUGGCCGUGGCCGAGGUAAACGAAUGAGACCAAAUAGCAACACUCCUGUUAACGAGAACAGCAACUCGUCAGACAACAAAGGCGCCACCAACAACAAGACACGCGCUGCCACUAACAGUAAGGGCCGAAGAGGCAGCCAGACUCCAUCGGAGCGCCGCACUCCUCCCAACAGCAACACAGAGGAUAUUAAAGCAAGCCCCUCCUCAGCUGGAAAACGUAAGGCCAAACCUCCAUCAGACAUGGAGCCUAAUUCUAGCUCGGAGGACACCAAAGGCAACAAACGUAUCCGGACAAACUCUAACAGUGGAGGGGUUGGGCUAACAGGUCUUCUCAUUCCUUCUAUCAAGACUGAACCACUUCCACCACCCCUUGAUCGUAGCUGUCCCUCACCUGUUCUCAUUGAUUGCCCUCAUCCCAACUGCAACAAGAGAUAUAAGCACAUUAAUGGUCUCAAGUACCACCAAGCCCGUGCCCACACGGAUGAUGACGUGAAGCUAGAAUUAGAUAUUGACAGUGAAUAUGGAGAGGACUCAACACUUCACCCUGAACCUGAGAAUUGUAAUGGUGCAUCUAUCUCACAAAAAGGAUCCUUUUCUCCAGCACGGUCAGUCACACCGAAAGGAAGGAACUUUGAUGUUCAAAGUACUUCGCCAUCACCCGGCAAGUUUUGCUCCAAGCAGAGCAAAAAGAAAAUUGCUGAAACAGAACCAGAAAUAAGUACACCCAUGGAAUGUUGUGAUGAAGGGGCAUGUCUUUCUGAUGAAGCCAGUAAUGAUGGCAUCGAUGAAAAAAGAGGUUCUGAAAAAUCCAAAAAAGCUAACACAAAGGCUGAUAAAAUGGCUCAAAAAUAUAUGAAGUCACCACGAACAGUUGUCACCGGACCUUCAGCAUCACAAUUGUACUCUUUCCCUUCAGGAAACCCAAAUUCUUCACCAGGGCUUACCCCAAUUUUGCAAGGAAUCCCCAAAAGUCCCCAAAUGAAAGGCACUCAGCCAAAAAACCCGGCCGUUGGAGAUCCUCCCUCAAGUAACUCCAAAGACAAGAAGAAGAAAGACAAGAAGAAAAAGGAUGGUGGAAAGGAGGCUGACAGCCCCAAGUCAAUAGGAAAGGGAGGUAAACUGGAGGAGGGAAAACCAUCAUACACAGAAGUACCUGAACAAGGAAAUAAGGCUGAAGGGCUUCUUAAUGGAUCCUCAGACCCUCAUCAAAGUCGACUGGCAAGCAUCAAGGCUGAGGCUGACAAGAUAUACAGUUUUACAGAUAAUGCUCCUAGCCCAUCCAUUGGUGUAGCCAGUCGAAUAGACGGCAGUGGCAUGCCACAGCCUCUUACACCUCUUCACAUGAAUCAGAAUGGUGCUGACAAUUCGUCUGUAAAAACUCACAGCCCAGCAUACUCGGACAUCUCUGAUGCUGGUGAGGAUGGUGAAGGGAAACUAGAGAAUGUCAAAAACAGGACAGAGGACCAGGCACUCAGAGAAAGUGUCAAAAAAGCUCUUUUCCCACAUCCCGCACCCAGCAAAGAUUCUCCAUACUAUUCUGGCUAUGAGACCUAUUACUCACCCAAUUAUGUCAACCCCAGUCCUGGUGGACCAAAUCCAGUUGCACCGGUGACAGAAGGUCAAGUGAAGAUCAAAAGGGAGGAUGACCAGGAUCAGGGGGAGGAGAAAGUCAAGGUUGAGGUUCAUGAGGAUCGCAAACCUGACAUUGCUCCUGGCCAGCAGCAGCAGCAGCAGCAACAGCAGCCCUCUGUCAUUCAACAACGAUCCAACAUGUAUAUGCAACCACUUUACUACAAUCAGUAUGCCUAUGUACCCCCAUAUGCAUAUCAUUCAGAUCAGACGUACCAUAACCAUUUAAUGAAUACCAACCCUGCUUAUCGACAGCAGUUUGAGGAGCGUCAGCGACAAAUGGCAGAACAGCACCGUGCUGCUGAGAAAAAGUCUGACAUAGCCAUGAAAGAAAGAGAAGCUUCGAUUAAGGAGGACUGGAAACAAAAGAACCCAAUGCAGCCAAACCUUCCCAAAACCCCAAGUCAAUCUGAGUUUGGAAAGACGCCGCAGCCUAUAAGUAAAUGCAGGGACUCACCCUCUGAGGUUUCAUCCAAAUCUAUGGGAAGCAUUAAGGCAGAGGACAUAAAGUCCCAGCAAACUGAAGGGCUAAAGAUGAAGCUGACAGAAGGGGGGCACCAUGGGAAGGAGGACUCAAAGCAAGCACUUGAUUCAAGAGGUCAGCCUGGCACAGAGCAGGCUAUAUGGUACAGACAGCAGUACCCGGACAGCCAAAAGGCUCAAGCGGAAAGUGAACACCAGCAGCAACAACCUCGAUGGAAAGAUGAACGCGACAGAGAACGGGAACGUGAUAGGAAAUCAAAGGACGAAAGGUGCAGGCCUAAGGACUGUCAAAGCGGGCCGAAGGAGGACGGCAAAGAAAUUACUGACCCUAGAAUAAAUUCUGAGGAACAUCGGACCAUGAGCAAAGACGCUCGUACGAAUGCCCACUUGCAGUUCUCAUCACCACUAGCACAGCACCAAGGAUACAUGCCAUAUAUACAUGGUUACCCCUAUGGACAAGGUUAUGACCCUAACCACCCUGGUUACAGGGGAAUGCCUUCGGUCAUGAUGCAGAACUACCCAGGUUCUUACCUUCCGGGAGGUUAUCCUUUUUCCCCCUACGGCAGUAAAAUAGCUGAAGAGGCCAACGACAAAUCCCGCACUAGUCCUACUGUCAACAAAAUGGCAACAGACUCCAAAGCUCUAGAUAUCCUACAUCAACACGCCAGCCAAUACAAAAGCAAAUCUCCGACAAUAGGAGACAAGCCACCCCUUGACAGAGAGCGAGAGCAGGACAGAGGUGGAGAUCGGGAAAGAGACGUAGAUCGGCCACGCUCUUCACCCUCCCAGCGGCUCAUGCCCUCGCACCACCACCUGGGGUACCCCCUGCUCUCAGGGCAGUAUGACCUUUCCUACACUACAGGGAAACCUGACCGCCACACCUCAACCCUGCAAAGAUUCAUGUGACUGGCUCACAUGAGAGAGGAUUUCCCAGGUGUUCCUUUUUAGACAUCAGUUCAAUGGUGUUUCUGUCUGUUUAGUUGAUCUGCCCGGGUGUUGGCAGCUUGUUCACAUCUUUCUUCCCCAAAGAAAGAAUCUCAAAGCUUGGACUGAUCUAAUCCAGGUUCAAAGCCAUCACUCUACCCCUUCAUACAGAGGAAACACCUCCCCUCUGAUUAUCUAGUCUUUGCACUGUCAACAAAUACAAUGCAAAAAUUGGACUUUCUAAGUUUUUGUUUUGACUACAUUAUUUUUUUGUCAUAUAAAGAAGAAUCUACCCGAGGAUUCGGGGGGAGUUGGGUGACUGAUGACAAACGGGAGUCCAAUUAAAUUAAAGACUUGCAGAGAAAAGUGUAUUGAAAUGAGUACAACUUUAUGUUGCUGGCAUUUUGUAUGCUAUGAUGCAACAAUAUAUCCUAAACUUGACAUAUGUUUGGUUCUGUUUCAUUAGGGACAGGGGAAUAUGGCAACUGCUGCUUUCUUUUCAGAGACUUAAGAGCCUGGAGACUGAAGUUUUCAUUCUCACUGUCACAAAUAUUUCCCACAUUUAAAAUCCUCAAUUGUUUCAGGGAUGAUGUCACCUUGUUUUUGCGAAGGGACAUCAUACACCUCAACAGAGAAUAGUAAACGUGACCAGUGUUUGCUUUUGUCAAACGACUCAACUUCAAUAGUGAUCGUCAUCUUUGAAUGUCUGAAUGCUGGUGUCAACGCUGCUUCGCCUCACAAUGAAACAUUGUCUUUUCACUCACUCAGAGAGCGAAGCCACAUUAGCCACGGUGACACUUGUCAGCUGCAGUGAGCUUACUUUACCCUGCUAAGUUUAUGGUCUGCUUUAAUAUCAACUUUCUGCGGAUAAAUGUUAAGAUGUGUCUCAGCACGUGUCCAGAUAAUUUCUGCAUGUGCUCAAUUCAUACCUGCAUAUCCUUGACUGCAGACGUCUGAAUUGCUAUCAAUAUUCCUUACCCUCAGAUAUUGACUUUUGGCUCAUUGUCUCCAUCUAUGGCUAAUAUGGCUUCACUCUUACACACAUUCAUCUCUUCAUUAGUUUUUGUUUCUUCAAGCGGCUGGCUUUCGAUCAGUCCAAGCAUGAUACCUUGUUUAGUUGCUAUCUGGGAUGUAAUAUCAACUUCUUGCACAUUAGAUUACUAAAAGAAAAACCCACAGUGGUCACAUAAAUAACUUAAAUCUGAUUUUUUUUUAAAUGAAAUAAAAAUGUAAUGAAAGUUAACCGAUGAAAUACAGAUAUUGCUUUUGAAUUGUGGUUCAAAAGAAUUAUUAUUUUAUUUUUUUUAAAACUCAUGAUACAGGCAUGGACAAAACUUAUGGUACUCUUAAUACAACCCCAAUUUCAAUGAAGUUGGGACGUUGUGUUAAACAAAUAAAAACAGAAUACAAUGAUUUGAAAAUCAUGUUCAACCGAUAUUUAAUUGAAUACACUACAAAGACAAGAUAUUUAAUGUUCAAACUGAUAAACUUGAUUGUUUUUAGCAAAUAAUCAUUCGAAUUUUAUGGCUACAACACGUUCCAAAAAAGCUGGGACAGGGUCAUGUUUACCACUGUAUUGCUUCACCGUUUCUUUUAACAACAUUCAAUAAAGGUUUGGGAACUGAGGACACUAAUUGUUGAAGCUUUCUAGGUGGAAUUCUUUGCCAUUCUUGCUUGAUGUACAGCUUCAGCUGUUCAACAGUCCGGGGUUUUACGCUUCAUAAUGCGACACACAUUUUCAAUGGGAGAUAGGUCUGGACUGCAGGCAGGCCAGUCUAGUACCCACACUCUUUUACUACAAAGCCACGCUGUUGUAACACGUGCAGAAUGUGGUUUGGCAUUGUCUUGCUGAAAUAAGCAGGGGCGUCCAUGAAAAAGACGUUGCUUGGAUGGCAGCAUAUGUUUCUCCAAAACCUGUAUGUACCUUUCAGCCUUCACAGGUGUGUAAAUUACCCAUGCCAUUGGCACUAACACAGCCUCUUACCAUCACAGAUGCUGGCUUUUGAACUUUGCGUCCAUAACAGUCCGGAUGGUUCUUUUCCUCUUUGGCCCAGAGGACACGACGUCCACAAUUUCCAAAAACAAUUUGAAAUGUGGACUUGUCGGACCACAGAACACUUUUCCACUUUGCAUCAGUCCAUCUUAGAUGAGCUCGGGCCCAGAGAAGCCGGCAGCAUUUCUGGGUGUUGCUUUUGCUUUGCAUAGUAGAGUUUCAAGUUGCAUUUACGGAUGUAGCGCCGAACUUUACUGACAUUGGUUUUUUGAAGUGUUCUUGAGCCCAUGUGGUGAUAUCCUUUACACAUUGAUGUCGGUUUUUGAUGCAGUGCCGCCUGAGGGAUCGAAGAUCACGGGCAUUCAAUGUUGGUUUUCGGCCUUGCCGCUGACAUGCAGUGAUUUCUCCAGUCUCUGAAUCUUUUGAUGAUAUUGUGGACCGUAGAUGAUGAAAUCCCUAAAUUCCAUGCAAUUGUACAUUGAGGAACAUUGUCCUUAAACUGUUCAACUAUUUUCUCACGCACUUGUUCACAAAGAGGUGAACCUCACCCCAUCUUUGCUUGUGAAUGACUGAGCAAUUCAGGGAAGCACCUUUUAUACCCAAUCAUGGCACCCACCUGUUCCCAAUUAGCCUGUUCACCUGUGGGAUGUUCCAAACAGGUGUUUGAUGAGCAUUCCUCAACUUUCUCAGUCUUUUUUGCCACCUGUCCCAGCUUUUUUAGAACGUGUUGCAGCCAUAAAAUUCUGAGUUAAUGAUUAUUUGGUAAAAACAAUAAAGUUUAUCAGUUUAAACAUUAAAUAUCUUGUCUUUGUUUUGUAUUCAAUUAAAUAUAGGUUGAACAUGAUUUGCAAAUCAUUGUUUUUAUUUAUGUUUAACACAACGUCCCAACUUCAUUGGAAUUGGGGUUGUAUUUUGUUGCACAACCUCUUGAGGCUAUAACUGCAAUCAAACAGUUUUUGUAACUUUCAAUGAGACUUCUGAACCUCUCAGUAGGUAUUUAUGAGCAAACUGCUCCAGUUGUUUGACGUUUGAAGAGUGCUUUCUACAGACUGCAUGUUUCGGCUCCUACCACAGAUGUUCAAUCAGAUUUAGAUCUGGGCUCAGAGGAGGCCACUUUAGAAUAGUCCAAUGUUUUGCUCUUAGCCAUUGUUGGGUGUUUUUUGGGUUAUCAUCCUGUUGCAAGACCCAUGAUCUACAACUGACACCAAGCUUUCUGACACAGGGCAGCACAUUUCUCUCUAGAAUACCUUGAUAAUCAUGAGAUUUCAUUGUACCAAGCACAGAUUUAAGACACCCUGUGCCAAAAGUAGCAACGCAGCCCCAGAAGAUAACAGAGCCUCCUCCAUGUUUCAUGGUGUGCUUCAUUUGUGUUUCUAUUAGCUGAUGUGCCUUGCCAAAAAGUUCCAGUUUUAUCUCGUCUGUCCAUAGGACAUUCUCCCAGAAGCUUUGUGGCUUGUCAACAUGCAAUCUGGCAAAUUACAGUCUGUUUAAGAUAUAUUUUCAACAGUAGUGUUCCCCUUAGGCGUCUCCCAUGAAGUCCACUUUAGCUCAAGUGACGACGGAUGGCGCGAUCUGACACUGAUGUACCUUGACCUUGGAGUUCUCUUUUAAGUUUUUGGGAGGUUGUUCAGGGCUCUUUUGUUACCGUAUUAUCCGUCUCUUCAAUUUGUCAUCAAUUUUCCUCAGGGAGCCACGUCCAAGGAGGUUGGCUACAGUCCCGUGGAUCUUAAAUCUCUGAAUAAUAGGUGCUUGGAGGUGGUCUUAUAGCCUUUACCUUUAACUUGCUUUUCUAUCAUUUUCUUUCUAAUCUCCUGAGACAGCUCUCUCCUUCGCUUCCUCUGGUCCAUGUUUACUGUGGUACACACACUGUCACCAAACAGCACAGUGAUUACUUGUCACCCUUCAAAUAGACUGACUGAGAGAUUACAAAUUUGAAGACACCUGUGAUGCUAAUUAGAGGAGACAUUUUGUUUGAACAUCUCGCUAUGAUAAAAUUAUUUUCAGUCUUUUCUAGGGGUACCAUCAUUUUUGUCCAGUCCUGUUUCUUUAGUUUCUUUUUUUUUAAAUAAUUUUGUUGAAGCACAAUUCAAAAGCAAUGUCUGAUUUUCAUUGGUUAAUUUACAUGACAUUUUUAUUCAUUAUUACUUUUGUCAGUUUGAAGUUAUUUCUGUGACCACUGUGGGUUUUCCUUUCAUUAACAAAGGGGUACCAACAAUUCUAUCCAUGUUACAUACUCUUAAGUGCAAAAAUCUGUUUAAAAAACAUUGUUGAUGCAAAAUCUACAUCAAACACAGUAGCUGCUGCGUGAAGUAAACAUAUCAGCAAUCUCCUCUUAGUCAUGUAUUUGGAUUUAACAUUCUGUAUGUGAUGCUGCAUUGUAAAUCAGUUGUUCAAUGUUUACCUUGAAGUCAUGCCCAAAACUGUAACCAGGUACCAUACUCUGCUUUCAAAUGUAUAUUUAUUUAAGCAGCUGUGUGUGUGUGUGUUGGGUGGGUGAGAAAAACAUAUCUGGAACAGAGAUGUCACUAAAUACAAUUUGAUUUUUGCAGUCAUUUUUAUGUUAUCACUGUUGCCACCUGCCCAGCCAGGAGUUGGACUUUACAGCAGCUAGCAAUCCCACAAGUUCUUGGUCUUACCAAGUACAUCCCGGCCAUUUAGCAAAAAUGGCAUCUCCUUGACUUAUGUGCAUUAAAAGAUGAUGAAUGGCUGAAUCAGAUGAAUGUGGUGGUGUUUGAUUAGUAUUUAAUCUGUAAGGGUAAUCUAGGCAGCUGUGAUGUUGUCAUUCAAGUCAGUGAGGUUUUAGUACCAGCAGACUGCUUUACAUACAGUACAUUAUAGUUUUAUCAAACAAUGGUUGUGACAAGUACAUUUGUUCGCUCGGAGAGUAGUACUAUUAUCUCAGUAGUCAGCAAAGCCCAGUGAAAAAUCUAAACUAUAUUCUAAAAGUGUAUGAAAAGCCAGAAAGGUUCAUGUUUGCUUUCGACAUAAUAGAAAGCUUGGCUCUUGUUUUGUUUCAUUGGUGCAGAGUAUAUUUAUUGGCCAGCAGUUGGUGCCUAGUUGAACAUUCUUGUGUGAAAACACAGACGCUUGCUCGUUUGUCCUUUCCUGAACCACCUUGUGUCAUACAAAGACCCCCCCCCCCCCCCCACAGCCCCCAGUACCCACAGAGGUGCUUGCAAGGAUGUUUACAGUGUCUUCUUUCUGUGUAAGACAUUCACAACUGUCUCUCCCCCUCCUCCACUUCUCUCCCUCCCUCACAGGAGUUUGUGAAAAGUGUACAUUACCAUGGUUCUUUUUUUAUACAAUACUCUGUAACUUGCCUUUGUAAAUUUGGGCUGGAAAAAAAAUAAAUCUUUUUAUGAGACAAUCUGUCCUGGUAACUGCUCCCUGGCUUUAGCUGUCUUCACUAACAGAGCAUUUGUAGUAGUCAACAAUGCAGUGGAACCUCCAAAGUCGUAUGCCCCUCAAGUCAUAAUUUUCUGGAGAAAUAUGCCAUAAAAGUCUAAAUGUGGGCUAUCACGUGCUAUGUAGUCAAAUUCAGCGGGACCUCAGCUCACUACGGAUCUGAAGGAUUAAAUGCGUCUUUGGCUUGUUAUUCCGUCUUUUUUGCAAUCCCAUCACGGAAAGGAUACCAGGGGUGGUACUGGAAAAGAAGACAUGAGCCAGAAAUGGAACUUAACUGUACAAAUACUGUACACAAACUACGGAGGACACACUUAUUUGGUCAGUUUCACCCUGUUUCCUACGCCAUUACAUUUGUCAGGUUUCUCCAAAUGAUAAGUAGGUUUACUUCAGUUGUUUUAUAUAGCAGUUAACUUCUCUUGUUUGUAUGACAGUGGGGAAUGUUAAAAUGUAACUUCAAACAUUUUGCAGGUAAUCCACAUUUCAUGAUGCCGACAGUUUGAGCCUGGAACAAGCUAAUUCUCGACAGUAUUUCCUUUGGAACUUGUUUUUUCAACCAGCAUCAUUUAACAGAUGGUGUUUGACUUUGGAUGUUCCACUGUACUUCAAACCAAACCGUGUUUUCAUAUGUUGACUAAAACAAAUGUUGUGUGAGAUUUACUGUUUCAUUAUGCUAAAAUCCAAGUGUUUGUCCACACAAAAAGCAGAAUGAAUCUAAUGUCAUGAGCUAUCCUGCAGUACUACGGUUGGAGCCUGGGUGUGGCUUUGGGCCAUCUCGCCCUCUUUCCAGUACCUUCCUCUGCCGCGCACCUGUCCCCAAUCAGCCUUUGUUACCAUCUGCAUAAAAGCCUGACCAGAUCCCAGAAACUUUCGCCAGAGUAUUGACGCUUCCCCAGCAGUACAACAGCUCCCCAGUAUCCAUGUAAACUACGCAAAUCCUCGUCAUCCUUCUGACCGCCGUGUUUUUCCCUUGUCCUCAAGUAUUUCCUCCGUGUCCCUCGCCAAGUGGAUUAUUGCCACCACACCGCCAAGCCAACCGACUGUCCUCGCCACUGCCUGCCACGCAUUCUCUGCCUCAAGGACCACCUACGUGUCCCUUUUCAAUAAACUGUUCAUCACAA